GCCAACAACACAGGAUUUAUGUGGGAAAAUGCCAAACAAUUUCGGGCAAUGAAUUUGUUUCUGGAGCACAGGUAUUACGGAGAGUCUGUGCCCUUUGGCAAAGUUGAUAAAAAUUUAACCAAAAUCGGCUAUUUAUCAAUGGAUCAGGCUUUGGCCGAUUUCGCAGACUUUAUACAGUAUAUAAAGGCUACAAUUCCGGGUGCCGUGAAUAGUCCGGUUGUGGUUUUUGGUGGCAGUUAUGGCGGCAUGCUGGCCUCUGCGUUUAGACUCAAGUACCCGGGGCUUAGUGUGGGUGCCAUAGCCGCCAGUGCGCCCAUACUUGCGGUGCAAGGCCUAACCAAGAGCUGUUCCGGUUUCCCAUUGGUUGAAACCAAAGACUUUACAGAAUAUUCUGCAAAUUGUUCGCAAACAAUCAAGAAUUCGUGGACAGCCAUCGAACGCAUAGUCGGCACAGUCGACGGACGCAAGUGGUUGACCAACGAGUUUAAGUUAUGCAAAGAGUUGGCCGCCGGUGAGGGGUAUCGGGUGUCCCAAUGGCUAGACACCGCGUGGGCCAAUACUGCGAUGGUUGACUACUCAAACGCCGCCACCUUUUUGUCCGAUUUACCCGCGUAUCCAAUGCGCGAAAUGUGCAAACAAAUGACAAAUCCGGGCGCCGAUGACCGGGGGCUACUCAGUCAGGUGCAUAAGGCGGCCAACAUCUACUAUAACUAUACCGGGCAUUCAAAAUGCUGCGAUUUGGUGGCCUCCACAGGACUCGUCGACAUGACUGUCUGGGGCUUUCAGUCGUGCACUGAUAUAGUGCUGCCCUUCUGUGCCAACGGGAAGACUAUGUUUGAACCGUUCGACUUCGACUUUAAGGCGUUUUCUGACCAAUGCUUUGGUGAGUAUGGCGUCCGUCCGGACCCUCGGAAAGCUAUGAUGCUUUGGGAGAACCGAUCCCUUCGGAGCGCAACAAACUUGAUAUUUAGCAACGGUUUGCGCGACCCGUGGAGUAGUGGCGGAGUAUUGGACUCACUGUCCGAUUCGGUGAUAGCGUUGACGAUCAGUCACGGCUGUCAUCACGAAGACCUCCGGCCCGCAGGCGUUAACGACACACAAAAGCUCAUUAAUGUCCGCAAUCAAGAGAAACAAUAUAUGAAACAAUGGAUUGAAGAGCAUUACAUCAAAUUGAAUUACUUUCCUAAUGAAUGGCUUAAUUAAUUAUAAAUAAACUGUUGUGCAAAUAUAUGUUUU